GGCAUUCACAGCACGUACGGCCACAGUCAGCUGAAAACUGGGCAUCCCGUCCGCUCUGCCAUACAUAAGCAGUUGAACGGCAGAUUAGUACUACGGUGGGUGACCACGUGGGAAUCCCUGCUGCUGUACGUUUUGUUUUGCAUCUCCUCUUUUGACCAUCAACCAUUCUGCCUGGUUCCUCGAGAAUUACAGUCGAAUCUCGGGAGGAGCGUAAUUCUUGAGAAUCAUGUUGGCUGUAUCGGCUUAUCGACAGCGCCCCAUUCCAUUUCGGGAGACACGCAGCAGUGA